UGAGAUAACAUAUGGGGGUUUGUGCUUAUCAUAAAAAGAAGUAACUUUCUAUUUAAAAAGAAAAAUAAGAAAAAAGAGCUUGAAGUAUGUUCACCCGUGACAGAUAAGAGGGAAUCCAUCGCGGGAGGCUUGGUACCCGUCGCUACUGCAGACUUCAGUUCGGUGAUGUUCUUAUGAGUUAGGUUUCGGUUACACAUGCUUCUGUAAUGUCCAUUUCCCUCCCUAAUUUCUUCUUCCUUCUCUGAUUUCUCCGUCAUACAUACAUACUCCUAUUCAACCCUUUUCUCUGCCACAUCCCCCGCCCGCACAGGCUAAUCUUUUCAUUGAUUCUAUGAAACAUGGCUGGUAUAUUUCAGGCUACGUCCGAGGAUCUUUGGCGUGGGACUAUUUAUGGUAGUUGGGGCACUGUUUUCGUUCUCCUUUUCAUUGCAAUUUGUCACCUUUUUUAUUCCAAGAAAAAUGUUUCUUCCCUUCUCUCCCGCUUCCAUGCCUCCUCUCUUGUUGCUGAUCGCCACACGUCCUCUCCCUCAUGUGAAUGUCCUCCGCCAUCCAGAAUAAUGGAGGCUAUUUCAGAUACAGAUUUGAAGUCUUUAUUGGACAAUUUGGAUGGAAGGAUAAAUGAGAAUGAGAAAUGGGAACGUGUUGUAGAAAAAAGUAAUGAUCAUCUUUCAUAUAGUGCUAAAUGCUGCAAGCCUAAGGAUGGUCCUUUGAAAUACUCGAGCGUGACAAUAUUUGAAAAUUGCUGUCCAAAAUUGUUGAGAGACUUCUACAUGGACAAUGACUAUAGAAAACAGUGGGACAGUACCAUGCUUAUGCAUGAACAGCUACAAAUGGAUGGGACUAGUGGAAUUGAAGUCGGCCGCACCUUAAAAAAAUUUCCAUUAUUGACGCCGAGGGAGUAUAUACUAUCAUGGAGAUUAUGGGAAGGGAAAGAUGAAACCUUUUACUGUUUUACCAAGGAGUGUGAACAUCCUUCAGCCCCACAACAGAAGAAGUACGUGCGAGUGACAUUUUUCAGAUCUGGUUGGCGAAUCAGGAGAGUAUCCGGCAGAAAUGCAUGUGAGAUCUCUAUGUUGCACCAAGAAGAUGCUGGUUUGAAUGUGGAGAUGGCAAAACUUGUGUUUGCAAAGGGCAUAUGGAGCUUUGUCUGUAAAAUGGAUAAAGCAUUACGCAAAUACGCUCUAAUCAACAACCAUCCAUCAAGUUCACUUGUCUCUGCAAUAACUCUGAUUAAGAAGGUGCCAGAUGGAUUAGAGGAUACGGAUGGCAUUAUCUCUAAAGCAAACAUGGUGGAAAUCGAGUCUUGUGGACAAGUUUCUUCAGAAGAAAGAAAGCUCUCGAGGGCAUCAAAAAAACUGGUGACCAAUGGUUUGCUUCUAAUUGGUGGGGUGAUCUGCCUGUCGAGGGGUCACUCUAGUCUUGGUGCCAAAGUUGUCAUGGCAUAUAUUCUUACAAAGCUAAGCAAGCGAGUUGAUGCACCACGAGGUCAAAUGGCAAGUGUAGAGCAGUGAUUAUAGGACACUAAGGAAGGGAGGAGAUAUAACCAUGUUUUCUUUUGAGCUGCAAGGCUCUGUUUAUAACACCAAUGGAAAGUUUCUUUUUUUCUUUUAAAUAAUCUUGUUCAAGUAUCUGUAAAAUACAGUAUAGAAAGUUGGAAAGGGUUUUUAUUUAUAUCAUUAAUACUGUUCCUUCGACCCUAUCUCCUAACUUUGAGUUCGGGGUAAACAAAUUUCCUGAAAGGUUAUCUACAAUAAUUUGUUUGAAUUGA